AUGGAAAAGUAUAAGGAGCGAAAGAAGGAUUUGCACGUAGUGCUCAUUGACUUGGAGAAAACGUACGAUAGAAUACCACGAAGCAUCAUUUGGGAUAACCUCAAGAAUAGAGGUAUUUCACGAAGGUACAUUGAGGUAAUACAGGACAUGUAUGACAGAGUGUCGACUUACAUACAUACACCAAUGGGGAUUAGCAAUAAGUCCUUAUUUUUUACGGUCAUUCUGGAGGAAAUCUCUAAAUCCAUCUGGGAGACCGUACCAUGGUGCAUACUUUUCGCCGAUGAUAUAGUUUUGGUCGCAGAAACAAAGGAGGAGGCUAAUAGUUUGAGCACUGCACCAGCAUUGUUCGGGUACAGAAUCCAAAACUACGAACAUAAGAACCCAGGAAGAUAUAAAGCUCCCAAUGUUGGAAUUCUCAUUGGCUAG